UCUGGCAACGGCUGUGAGUCGCAGGCUGAAGAUUGCAAAAGUUUUUUUUACCUUCUAAAUGCCAAAAUAGCUAAAUAGCACCAUAAAAAAAGGCUGAGCAUAUACUAUCCGGUGAUAUUAGCGGCCAGGGGUCGACUUGAAGCAAUGACUAGAACCUAAGAGUUACGGAUCAGCUACCGGCUUUAUUUUACCACGCACUUUCUGCAGUUUUUGUUGUUAUUGCUGGAGAGUGCAUUCCAGAAGUCGACGAAGUUCUAGCUGGAUACUGAGUUUGUGGCCGGUUCAUAAGCUUACGCAAGCAAAUUGGCUGUGGAUUGAAUCGUGGCCUGCUUUGAUGACCCCUUCAGAUCGAUCAGACAGAUAAAGAUGCUCCGCACUUUGUUGAUACUCUUUUUGGCAACUUCCGCUUCGGCCGGAGACCCGUUGGAGAACUCCCGCAACCGAAGAUCCCCCGUUGACGUGGACAGCGAUGCCGCUAAAGACAUGCACAGUAUCAUAGACUUGGCCGACUGCCACGACCUCAAGAAGCUCUGUAUCCACCAGAAGUCCACCGAUAACCUCUCCAUGUUGGAAUGCGUCCUUACCUUCAGCUCCAGCCAGCUGGAAGAGCUGCCCGAUGGAUGCCAACAUGCUGUUUGGCUGCAACAGCGUCAGUUGCAGCUCCCCAGCUGGUUGGAACACCAAUUUCUGCCCGCCUACUGUCCAGCGGAGCGACCCAAGCUGGAGAGCUGCCUGAACUCUGUAAAUCUCUGGAGCUGUCUCGACCAGCAGCGGUUAAAGCUGCCCCAAAGCAACGCCUGCCAUCAACACUUGCGACGUGGCUACGAGGCUCUAGGUCCGGACUACAGUGCCGUCGAGGAGUUCUACACGGCUUGCUCGCCUCUUGUGGAGGAGCACAAAUGCGGCCGCCUAAACAUUGAUCACCUGCCUUCGGUGCUGUCUCAACUGGGAACGGUGCAGUGCCUGCAAGCUAGUGUGCCCAAGACCAGCAUGGAAGCCACAUGUCUCAGCGCCGUCAACUCCAUCGAGCUGCAACGCGGCAUGCUGGAACUGUUUCGGGUCUGCGAGCAGGACCUCGCUUUCCUGUGUUCACAGGAAAAAUCAGGGACAUCGGGAGCCUUUAAGUGCCUGAUGCGCCACAAGAACCAUCCCUCGAUGUCGGCUUCCUGUGCCCAACAGAUCACCAAGCGGGACCAGCAGAUGGGAAGCGACUACCGCGUCUCGCAUGGACUGGCCAAGGCCUGCAAGGACGACAUAAAACUCCACCACUGCCGCAAAGGUGUCUCCGAAGACAAGCAUGUGCGGCUAGCCCAGAUCCUACUCUGUCUGGAGUCGGUUUCCAAGAACGGGACCAAACUGGCACCCGCUUGCCUCGCCGAGCUAAGUGAUCAUCGUCGCAUGUUGAUGACGGAUUAUCAACUAUCCCCAGAGCUCCUCAGCGACUGCGCCGAUGACAUACCCAAGUUCUGUCCGGAGGAGCACAAGGCACAGCUGGUGAAUGGACUGGCGAGCACGGGCGGGGAGAUUAUUCACUGUCUGCUGUCUCACGUGAAGGCCAGGCGUCAGCAGCGACGGGUGACGGCUCAGUGUCAGCGAGGCUUGGAGACUUUGAUCAAAGUCAGUGAUGCUGGAGAGGAUUGGCGAGUAGAUCCGGUGCUGAGGCGGGCAUGCAAACCCGUUGUGGAUCUGGCGUGCAAAGACGUUGAGGGAGGCGAAGCUAGAGUCAUGAGCUGCCUAGUGGAGCGCAUUGGAACCUCGGUGAUGCUGCCCGAAUGCGAACAAGCUCUCCUGAUCAUUGAAUAUUUCGUGGCUAGGGACUUCAAGCUGGACCCACAGCUCUACAAGCACUGCCGCGAUGAUGCCGUCAAGUAUUGUCGUGCGAAGAAGCAGUGGGAUGAUGCGCAGAGCAUCCAAAUGGACCCUGAACGCGGCCCCAUGAUCUUGCCCUGCCUUCAUCGCAUGGCCUUCAGUGAAGACGAGCACCAGACCUUGCGGCCAGAAUGUUUCAAGGAGGUGAAGCGAGUGAUGCGCCAGCGCGCCAUAUCAAUGGAUCUCAUACCCGAAGUGGAGGACUACUGCCUCAAUGAUCUUUCGGUGUUUUGUGCGGACUGCACCGAGAAGGGCAGCGAAAUGGAGUGUCUGCAGAAGAACAUGGAUCAGCUACAGAAGGAGUGCAAGGCGGUAGUGGUCAAGUACACGGAGGAGGAGGCCGCUCACGUCGAACUCAACCCCGUGAUAAUGAGUGUCUGUGGCGAGGCCAUGCAGCAGCACUGCUCGUCCAUUCUGAAGAGCGGAAAGGACAAUGGCGACAUGAUGGACUGCCUCAUAGCGCACAAAAAUGACGCCGAUCUCCGUAAGGACCUGCGCUGCCGCGCCGCCAUUGAGCACUUCCAGAUCAUAUCCCUGAAAAGUUUCCACUUUACGCCCAAAUUCAAAGAGGCAUGUCGUCCAUUCGUCAAGCGAUUCUGUUCCUCGAGUGCCACCAAGACCGAGGUGGUGGCCUGCCUCAGCGAGGUGAUGCGCAACGAUACAAUCAAGGCGCAGCGCCACCAGAUCACCAAGGAGUGCCGUCACCAGGUGAAGGCGCAACUCUACCAGCAGCGGGAGAGCAUUCAGCUCGACCCAAAGCUAGCCAAUGCCUGCAAGCGCGAACUGGAACAGUUUUGCGAAGACCAAAAGGGGCCCGGUCAGGUGAAUGAAAAAGCUCUGGAGUGCCUUAUAAAGAAGACGUCCAAGUUGGGCAAAAGCUGCCACCAUGCCAUCUUCGUCAUCAAAAAAUCGGAGCUGGGCGACAGCGGCACCGACUACACCCUUCUUAACACCUGCAAGGAGAUGAUUUACAAGUUUUGCCCCAACGUGGAUUCGGCAAAACUCUUGGACUGUCUGAAGACGUACAAGGAUGACUCGGUUUUCGACCAGCGCUGUCAUCUGGUGGUGGUCAACCGCAUGAUCGAGCAGAACACCGACUUUAGAUUCAAUCCGUCGCUGCAGAGUGCCUGUGGGAAGAACAUUGAUCGAUACUGUUCCAGUAUUGUGGCCUCUGCCGUGCCCAACGAGGAGCUCAAUGGAAAGGUCAUUCAGUGCCUGAAAGACAAGUUCCGGCAAUCGGCGCUGGACGAACAGUGCGCCCAGGAGAUGGUCAAGAUCCUGCAGGAGCAGGCUCUCAACUAUAAGCUGAAUCCACUGCUGCAGACGUUCUGCAAGUCGGAGAUCCAGGAGCUGUGCAAGGCACACAUGGACGCCGAUGAGCAUGGCCAGGUCGCCGAGUGCCUCAAGUCGGCCUUCCUCCAGAAGCAGAUCAUCAACCGAAACUGCCAAAUGGAGGUGGCCACUCUGAUCGCCGAGGCCAAGGCUGAUAUUCAUGUGGAUCCCAUUUUGGAGACAGCCUGUACCGUAGAUCUGCUGCGAUACUGCUCCAAGAUCUCAAGCGGCAAUGGGCGAAAACUGAACUGCCUCAGGAUGCUGCUAAAGGACACGCCCAACUCUCUGGAUGCCGACUGCCGUGAGAAGCUGCAACGACGCAUCGAAAUGUUCCAGAACGCGGACGAUACGCUGGCAAUGCCACCGGAGGACGUGCAGCAGCUGGUGCAACAGGUGGUGGCUUCACCGGCGCGCAAAUUCUUCCUUGUGAUACUGAUGAGCGCCACGGGCCUGGUCUUCCUCACCGGCAUCUUCCUCGGACGGGCCACCAAACGUGCAAUGGGCUUAAAGAAUAAAUAAAACAAUAAUAGACUGUAGACUGUAGUUGCUGUGUAGAGCCGGAGUGUGUGUGUCUGUGAGCUUGUUAUUUUCCAUUUCGGCUGAUCCAUGACCCCGGCAGACCGAUGAUCGCAUCCGAUCCAAUCCCAUCCGAUCUAACCCUACCUUCCUCUCACCAUCCACUCUGCCUGCCUUUUUGAAUAUUUUUGUAAGCAAUUCGUGGCUUAAUCGUUUGUAAGACCAAAAAGUAAGCGAAAGUAAAAAAAAAGAGUAAAUAUUAUGCUAGAAAAUAAAGUGCUAGUUCCAUUCUUAGGACCUUUUUAUGUUAUACCUCUUUUUUUAUAAUAUCACCUGUAUAUUAAAUUGUAUUUUUGUAAAGAA